ACAAACCUCCCCUUACACUCCAUUCCCCUAAUAAACAAACCCCCACCUCACAUGCCAAUCACUUGUCACUUUCCCAUUUUUCUUCAUUUAAUAAUUAUUAUUCUACCUUAAUUGAUUCCAUGAGUACGACCAAUAUUAUUUUCCUCGGUUGUUGAUGCACAUGUUUUGUUCCAGUUCCGACCACCCAUCGCCGUCGAUGAGAACCCUCAGCGAGGUGUCGGACGAUGAGAACUUGCGGCUGAGCUUAGAUCUGGUGGCGGCUGCUAGACAAAACAUUGGGUUGUUGAGAGAUGUUGCAGAGUCUCAUUGGCUCCACCAUACACCUCUUCUUGUUGAAGCUGUUCGUAGGUACGAUGAGUUGUGGAUGCCGAUGGUGUCUGAUCUUACGGUAGAUUCUGGCAAGCCACCGAUGAUUCUUCCGCCACUUGAUGUUGAAUGGGUUUGGUUUUGUCACACUCUAAAUCCGGUAGCUUACAGGCAAUACUGUGAUUCAAGAUUCUCAAAACUCAUCGGAAAACCGGCCAUUUUUAACCAAGAAAACAAGGAUUAUGCUUUAGAAAGAUGUAAAGAAAAGUGGAUUUCCAGAUACCCAUCUGAAUCUUUCGAAAAUGAAGCCAACUCCGAUGAUCUUCAGACAAAUGUUCUUCAAACCGAUUAUCUUUUGGGAGAAAUAUCAAAGCAAAGAUGUCUACUCACCAAAUUCUCCAAACCUUAUAUGGUAGAACUCGUGUACUUAAUCGCUGCCAAAAACCGAUACAAGGGAUUUCUGUUUAUGUUGCAAAGAUUCGCCGAUAGCUGCUCAGCUUUCGUACCCACAUCGGAUAUUCUACUAAUGUGGAUUACUCAUAAGAGCUACCCGACAGCGUAUGCAAUUGAUGUAAAGGAUAUGGAGGACGAUAUGUUGAAGAUAGUCGAGUCUGGAGAGUCUGUAAAGGAGGAUGAUUUGGAGGUGAUGAACAAGCUUUGGGAGAGAAUGUUUGAUCAGCCGUAUGAGAAAGCCGGUUGCGCUGCAAUUGAUAAUGUGAAACCAUUGAUUCACUGGGAAGUUACGGAUACUGAUGUUAACGUCAAGUACCGGCCAUUGCUGCCUCGGUUUCUGCUUGAGGUUAAUAUGUUGGUGAAGCAGACUGCGAUGUCGAAGACGUUGCAAACAGAUGUUUCAAAGGAGUUUUUACGGUUCCAGUUUCUUAGAUGUCACCGCGAUUUCAAACUAAACAACCCCGUAUCCACCGUUCCUUCGGAUUCAUGGCAGAAAGUGGUUGAUCUUUACUGCGAAUUCGGGACGAAAGGUAUGGUGGUGGAACUAAGACGAAAAGGGGGAGUUUGUAUCAACGGAAGUAAACUACUCGAAUCCAAAACGUUUAUGUGGAACGAGUUGCUUAGAGCACCAUCGAUCACUUUAGACGGGGUGCUUGGUCAAAGAUUCAGGGUGUUUGUCUCGAUCACCCCGCCUGCACAAGCGCCUUACUUGUUGAAAUCCGUGCCAGACCGAGUGACUGAUGAUUCGGGAGCCAUGGUGUCGGAGGUGAUCCUGAAAAUGAAUCAGUAUCGGCCUCAAGAAGGACGGUGGUUGUCUCGUACAGUACUCGAUCAUGCUGGAAGAGAAUGUUUUGUUAUACGGAUGAGAAUAGCAGGAGGGGUAUGGAGAAGAGGCAGCAACAAACCCACCGUCGUAAAACGCGAAGACCGAUGCAUAGAAAUACGCGAAGGCUCAUGGUCUUACGUUGCUGGCUCUAUAGGCAAAGCUCCAGAGAAAGUGAUCGCAACCGCAACACCAAACACACCAUCGGGACAAUGGCGGGCUUCAUGGACCUUCUCGACUGGACACGAACUGUCCAUAUCAUCCGACAUGAACUUCGACAUCAAAACCAACACCAAUGAUCCACCAGUUCAGUUACUAAACGGGCGACAAAUGCAGUACCAAACCGAAGAAAACAAGGACCAGGAAGACGGGUUUGUGACCAUUGUUCGGUUCUCAGACGAACACACGAGUGGGAGAGCAACGGGUCUUGUUAACUGGAAGCUGUCGGCGGUGGAAUUCGCGCCAGAGGAAGAUGCGGCAUUUGUGUUGUUGGUCAGUAUGACGAUGCUGAGGAGUGUGACCGAAAUGAGGAAGGAAGAUGUGGGGAGUUUGUUGGUUAGAAAGCGGUUGAAAGAAGCGAAUCACGGGGAUCGUGACUGGGGGUCGGUCUUCGUGGUUGACUCGUCGUCGAAAUCGGUUUAUGUUAAGCCGUGGUAUUGGAAUGCUAAGGCCGUGAUGGCACGGGAAGAGACGGGGUAUGUCACAAAGAGUUAUUCUGUUGAGGAGUGUGGUGAUGAGUUGUAUAAGCAAGCUUUGUUUGGUAACUAAAACGUUUUUGUUUAAUUACUUAAAAUUUUGAUAUAUUAUUUAGAAAUGUUAUUAUUUUUCUCUCAAAA